AUGAUCAGGCAUUUUUCCCGACAGAAGCUGGUGGAGGACAUUUCGGUGGACAGGCGCCUUUACCAGGUCGAACCUGAAGACGAUAAGGAAGAUGAAACAGGAAACGUGGUUAUGUUACAUUCCUGCAAACAUCCAGCUCUUCAGGACUACUGGCGUGUUGCCGGGGAAAAAACAGAUGGUUCAAUCAAAAAGACAACCCUUUGGACACCACGACACUGGCUCUGCAGUCCUUCCAAGCUAGGAAUGAGUCUUAUUGCUCCCGGAUUGCGCAGACGGAAACGGCACCCGGAGGAAGAUCAGCUGUUCGCCGACAACCGCCGUCUUUACCAUUACUUCCAGACCUCGGGGACAACCAGCACUCCUAGUACCACAAGUAGCUCCUCCAUAAACAGUGCAGAUGCUGCCAAUUCUAAUGCAGUGUUUGCUGAAACCUCCUCCUCGACCAGUACUACCACCACCACCACUACAACUACCACCAAGUCUCCGGAUGAAGAUUACCUCACGGGAACAGGAGAGGGUGAAGUUUCCGAUGAAGUGUCCUGGAACUUGGAAGCUCAAAACGCCUUCACUGACAUCAAAGUGCUUGAGCUGCCUGCCAGUCUAGGCUUUACGGAUCGUCUAGCUUCCCUCGAGGGGCUCAUGGGUGCUUGCUCCAUUGAAGUAGGUCCAGCCAAUGGGAGCCUAACGUCCAUGGCUGACUCCUCUGCCUCCUCUUCGUCGUCACUACGUCGCUGUGCUUCCCGUGAUUUUCUCUUCCCCAGUGUCGUCUCAACCUCCGUCGGCGUGGUGAUUGACUGGGACUCUAUUGAGGGCACUACUGCUGACGAGAUUUGGGACAUGUUUCAAAGACUCCUGGCCGACGAAACUCUCUUCCGACCAGUGAGAUUGUCAUCACUGCCGGCCAGCCUGAGAUCGUCGAGUUUAUGGCGUGAUGCAGAAGUGCAGAAACCCCGACUGCCAAUGGCGAGCUGGUAUUUGAAACGUGGCGGGGGUGCAGUCGCCAUACAGGCGUCACUUGUUCUACCCACACUGCUCUUACUCGUUUCACUGAUAGUACCCUGA